AUGUAUAUAGAUAUAUGUAUGUAGGUAGUAAAUAAUUGGUGGUUAAUGGUUUUGGUGGUAGUUGAACAUAUAAAAAUUUACUGCGCAAUUUAGUGAUAACAAUAAUAUGAGAUACACCCUGAUAACAUGCAUACGUGCGAAUUAACUGACAAUUUACUUCAAUUCCCUUGGCUCCUGACUAAACUAUUUAUCCUGGUAUCUUGACUGGUACAUACGUGUGUCAGAAUUAAGACAAGCCGAACAUAUCAAAUCGAAUAAUGUCGCAAUACUUUGGUGGAGCUUCGUCUUCCUCAAGCCAAGUAAAAUCGGAUAACGAUCUCCUUGCCGCUGCGAUGUCCGCUUCUACGUGGUAUGAAAUCAUAUCGUAUGAAGAAUUUGAUAAGAUGAAGGAGAAAAACGAAGACGGAAGAAUUAAGUCGGGUGAGUUUCGUGAAUUGGAUCAAAAUUCUCUACAUCAAACGCAGCUAAUUUUGGGUAAGACGAGAACAUUUGAAGUCCCGAAGAUUGAUCCUAUCCCUACCGCUCAGAACACGCGAGUAGUCGAUAUCCAUGCAAAUCAAAAAAUUGAUGCAAAUACGUACCAGGUUUUUGUAAAAAUCAUAACAGGAAAGAUGAUCACAAUUACAUGCGAACCAUCCACAACAAUUGAAGAAAUUAUUAAUAGAAUGUACAUCACAGAAGGUUUUCCUGUAGAUCAGCAAAGGUUAAUUUUCGCGGGCAAACAACUGGAGUUGUCUCGGACAUUAUCCUACUACAAUAUUCAACGCGAGGAUGAGAUUCAUAUGGUAUUGAGGCUCCGUGGUGGUGCAUGUCCGAUAGUUUACUUUCAAAAGGGUUUGCGAGAUACUAGAUUUGAUUAUGAUUUUUCAAAAAUAAUCGACAACGCGAUAACCUUUGAGAGAGGAUCGUUCCCUUAUAAGCGACCGUGUGGAUGGAAGAGGUACGCACUUAGUGUUUUAGGUCGAUAUGAAAACGACGAUACAUGGUUAGGUGUGGGACGUCAGAGCAGGGUGGACUCGGUGGCUGGAGAAUGGGCAGUUUCUUAUCAUGGAACCGGGCUGCAUAAUUCUCGCUCAAUUGCUGAAGAUGGAUACCUUCUGAGUAAAGGUCAACGUUUUAAAUUUGGCCGUGGAAUUUACACCACACCCGACAUCUCGGUAGCGGAACUAUACGCGCGUGAAUUUGAACACGAGGGGGACAAAUACUUAGUAGUCAUUCAGAAUCGGGUUAAUCCAGCUACGGUAAACAUCAUUCCAGCCCAAACCACAGGAGUUGGAGAAUAUUGGAUUACUGAAAAGGAAACUGACAUUCGACCUUAUGGGAUUUGUAUUAAAAAAGUUUAAGCAAGUGGAUACAACACUUUCGUAGUUUUAUCAAAAUUUGAUAAUUAUAAUAUUAAUCACUUUUCUGACAACUCCUGGAUUUCAUUACAAUCCGACACCUUCGAAAUUGUCAACAAUUAUAAUUUAUCUAAUAAAUAAGUAUUUUCAAUGUGUAAGUACGUAUUUCGUAAUUUAACCAUUAGUUUUGAGUUCCUUACUGGAUAUGGCUUGUUCUUAGGAGAAGGUAAUGUGUCGCUGGAUGACUGGAAGCUGGGAUAUGUGUGGGCAGGGGAGAGGGACCAAGAAUUUAGCAAAAUCAUAUGAAUUAUUUCAAUGUAUUCUUGUAAUUCGACUUUCCUCCAUAACAACUUUCUUACUGUACAAUGUAGAAUAAUAUAGUAAUAAAUAUAAUCUUCUACAUAAUAUGUAUGUA